ACCUUUUUAAUAGUUAUGGGAUGUGGAGUUUGUCUCUUUGUGGCAAUGGCAGUAAUAAUCAUGGUGAUGGCAUUGAAGAAAUCAGUCAAAUCCUGUCCCGAAGAAUGGAUGCAAAUGAAAGAGAACUGCUAUUAUAUAUCAACUUUAAUGGCAACUUGGGAGUACAGUAAUGAUAACUGCUCUUCUCUAGGAGCUUCACUGACUGUGAUAGAGGACCCCAAGGAACUAGCAUUUCUGGUUCGUCAGUGUAGACGUUUUCUAAGUUUCUGGAUCGGCUUAAAGAGGACACCUCAGAUGGAAUGGAGAUGGAUUAAUAAUCAUCCUUUUAACCAAAGCUGGCGUAGUUUGGAUGCCACAACAGAAGGCGACUGUGUCAGUGUUUCCCAAGAGACUCUCCAAACUCAGAAUUGUAGCACACUGCAACUGUGGAUUUGUAAACGGGUAGUGGGACCAUAG